UUAAGGGGUGUCUUUGGUGUUGGUGCGUUUGCUGACUUCUGCUCGUUGGUGACUGACAGGCGCAUCAAGUGAACUGUUCUUGAUAGGCAAUGUCUUUCCGGUAGAUUUUUUUUUCAUUGGAAAAGACUUGGGGAGGGGUCGAGGACGGGACGAGCAUGAAAGAACUCUUCCUUGAUUACGUACCUUAAUUUCGUUAGCAAAAUAUUUAUCUGUACGAGUAAAUGUCAAAUCCUUUACUUUUUAAAAUUAUGUUUAAGGGAUUGCUAUGAAUGUGACUUGCUAAAAUUUGUUGACAUAAAUAUGUUUCACAGCAGGAGAGUAACUGCAGUUAUUAAUCCUGAUGUAUUUCAGAACAUUCUCCUAGGGAUAUAAGUUAUCUGCAAAGUUAUUUCACUUUUGAUUAUUAUCAGUAGUAUAAGGCUCAGCUUGAUUAGACCAAACAGUGAGUAGCAUAUUUGACAUAAUUCUCUUUGUAGGUUGUCAUAAGACGCCACAACUGUCCGGCUCAAGGUGAGCAAGACAGAGAAUGUUUUUUUCAGCUUAUCUGCUGUUCAGUAGAGUUUUAAUUCAUGUUAUACAUUGACCUUUCUAAGUUUCACUUUGGUUUGGCUGGCAGUGCAGUUUUGCGAGCAGAGUUGAAGUUUGAGGUCUGUUCUCAGGCUGUAAAGAGCUGCAGGAGUGUGGCAGGAGGUGCCUGGCAGGGAGGCACAGCACAGAAAUCCUGUGCCAAGGGAGAGCUGAGUGUGGCACUGCUUGGAAAUGCUGCCUGCUCAACUAAGGAAGGACUAAAGGAGAUGGGAUCAUUACAUUGUUCCUUAUGGAAUUCUUUCCAAAAAUUCACUAGAUUCAUAUUCAACCUGCACUGAAAUCUGAAACUUCUUUUUAAUGUCUUUUUAAACUUAAUUUACAAAUGGCGAAAAGCAACAGAGACGAGCUGCAGGCACUGGAAUUGACAGAAGAGACAUGGGGGGAGUUCUGUAUCUUGUUUGCAGGCUUGUUAUCAUCCAGGCACAACUUUGGAUUGUCUGUGCCGUGGAGCAGAAGCAGGACUCCUUGCAGGAGCUCUGAUUACAUCAGAGAUGCACUGCAGAAUUCAAAAUACUGCAGCGGACACUGGGGAGGGGGGGAACAACACUUGCAGUGGAAUUUUGUCUUGUUUCUCAUGAGUUCUAUUUCCUUCUCUCAGAAGGGCAUCUUUAAUAAUUCUUUUCCCAUUGCCUCGGAGUCUGGCAUCCUUCCUGAAUUUUGGCUGCAAGUAAGGGCAGCACGGAUUCCUAAUUUGAUUUCUUCACCAGACAUAAUGGAUAUCAUCAUCUUGUGCAGGACGGAUUUUUGAAAAUGUGUCCUCACUUACUUGCCAUGCCCAACCCACCCCUCGGAGUCACCCAGAGCCCCUGCCCUGGGCCAGUUAUUGUGUGUCACUGCAGGUUCUGAAGGCAGAGCAAUUCCCAGGUAUGUGCCACUCCUGGUGUGGUUUAUAACCCCGGCUUCUGAAAAGGAGGCUCUGUGGCUCAGCAAGUGGCCCUAGCAGGGGUUGUGUCCCUGGGGUGCCCAUCCAAGGGAGAAGACACUUGCAGGAGCAGCGAAGGGAUGCAAAGUUGUCUUCCAAGAUGACUCUUAUGCCUGGAGAGAACUCCGACUAUGACUAUAGCGCCCUGAGCUGUACUUCAGAUCCUUCCUUCAACCACACGUUCUUUCCAGAGUCUGAAACCCUCAAGGGAGUGUUUUACCAAAGAGCCAGGCUCAUCCACCCUCAGGAGGAUCUCCUCAAAGGCUUCCACCCCGACGACCGCAAGCGUCACAUCAUCAUCAACGUGGGCGGCAUCAAGUACCUGCUGCCCUGGACCACGCUCGACGAGUUCCCCCUGACGCGCCUGGGACAGCUCAAGUUCUGCACCAACUUUGACGACAUUCUGAACAUCUGUGACGAUUACGAUGUGACGUGCAACGAGUUCUUCUUCGACCGCAACCCGGGGGCGUUCAGGACGAUCCUGACCUUCCUGCGGGUCGGCAAGCUGCGGCUCCUGCGGGAGAUGUGCGCGCUGUCCUUCCAGGAGGAGCUGCUCUACUGGGGCAUUGAGGAGGACAACUUGGACUGGUGUUGUAAAAGGAGGUACCUGCAAAAAAUGGAGGAGCUCACAGAGAUUAGUGAACGGGAGGAUGACCUCCUAGAAAAUGAAACAACAGGUGAAACAGUAGAGGAGACAAAAAUUGGUUUGUGCAUGAGAAAGUUGCAAGACAUGGUGGAAAGGCCCCAGUCUGGCCUUCCUGGAAAGGUGUUUGCGUGUUUGUCUGUUUUGUUUGUAACUAUUACAGCAGUGAACUUAUCCAUCAGCACCAUGCCUGACCUGAGGGAGGAGGAGGAAAAGGGUGAGUGUUCCCAGAUGUGCUACAAUAUUUUCAUUGUGGAGUCCGUGUGCGUGGCCUGGUUCUCCCUGGAGUUCCUGCUCCGCUUCAUCCAGGCCCGGAGCAAGUUCGCGUUCCUGCGGCGGCCGCUGACGCUGAUAGACAUAAUCGCCAUCCUGCCCUACUACAUCACCCUGCUGGUGGACACGGGCUCCGAGGGCUCCAAGAAGCCCAGCUCGGGCAACAUCUACCUGGACAAGGUGGGGCUGGUGCUGCGGAUCCUGCGGGCGCUGCGCAUCCUGUACGUGAUGCGGCUGGCGCGGCACUCGCUGGGGCUGCAGACGCUGGGGCUGACGGCGCGGCGCUGCACGCGCGAGUUCGGGCUGCUGCUGCUCUUCCUCUGCGUGGCCAUCGCGCUCUUCGCGCCCCUGCUCUACGUCAUCGAGAACGAGAUGGCCGACUCGCAGGAGUUCACCAGCAUCCCCGCCUGCUACUGGUGGGCCGUCAUCACCAUGACCACCGUGGGCUACGGGGACAUGGUGCCCAGGAGCAUCCCCGGGCAGGUGGUGGCCCUGAGCAGCAUCCUCAGCGGCAUCCUCCUCAUGGCCUUCCCGGUCACCUCCAUCUUCCACACCUUCUCGCGCUCCUACCUGGAGCUGAAGCAGGAGCAGGAGAGGAUCAUGUACAGGAGAGCGCAGUUCUUGCUGAAGGCCAAGUCUCAGAUGAGCAAUGAGUCACAAGGCAGCGAGGUUUUGUUCACCACUCUCUCUUCCGAGACUAGGGACAAUGAGUGAAUUUACCUUCCUGUUUCUCUUGCUGUCGUUGUAUCAGGGUCCAUCUUUUGAUGCGCUCUGGAAGCACCUUACAAAGGUAAUGCUCAUAUUAAAACGAAGAGAAGGGGCUCUAGCUGGGAGCUGAUGUGGUUACAGAGGUCUGUUAUUAUGCUGUUCCUUCCCCCCCAUAUAAUGCAUAGGGCAGAACUUUCACCGAGAUCAUGCAGUGGGAUUUAAAGAAUUAAAAUUUCUCUGGCAACAACAAAAAAGAAGAGCAACAUAUAAUUAUGCACUUGACAGGCUGUUUUGCCAUUUGUAAUACACAUUUUUCCAACCGAAUCACAAUGUACAUAAUCAUUAAACAGGCGACCAUUUUUCUUGUUCCUCUUGUAUAUAAAUAAUGUAAAUACAUCAGGAUUAAUGGCUGAA